CAUUCUCAAUUAAUUCGGUUUUCGUUUCAUGGCAUACAUUUCCAAUUUUGUAGGUAGGCGUAUUGAAUAAGUGGUAAUUAAUAAAACAAUGAAAUAUUUAUAAUAUAAUAUAAUUUCUUAAAUGCGUUGAAGAUUAAAACUGCAACUUUUGUGAUUGUUAAUUCAGAAACUUUGUUAUUUGUGUUAAGGUAAACAGUGGCUGUUACAUUUUGUUUGUGAAAAUAAACUGUUGACAGUGCCAGGAGUAUUUGGAGGAUCAUGUCUAAGAGUGUGAUGCCGGUGGCGGGAUGUUGAGUGCGGAAUGAACCAAGAGGAGCUGCUCCAAAGAGCGGCAGAGGAGAGGGAAACUAUUGUCGCACGCUACAAGAAGGGGCGGACACCGGACGCGCAGAUAGACUCCUGGGAGGAACCCACGUUUGAUAUUUACAAGGUUCUCGACAGAUACGGCUUCAUACAGGACCAAAAUGAUCUGGAGAAGCAGAACCCAGCGGAAUCGCGAGUGGAAGUGGAACGAGUCAAGAAAUGGCUCAAAAUGUUGCACAACUGGAACACGAGCGCUACCAGAGACAAGUUGCGCAAACGUGUGUUCAAAGGCGUUCCUGACAAGCUGCGCGGCCAAGUGUGGAGCAAGAUGCUCAACCUGUCCACCGCCCGCGAGGAGCAGAGCGGCAAAUAUCAGGAGAUGCGCGAAUUGGCAUGGCGAUGGUCUCCAGACAUCCGACAGAUCGACCUGGACGUGAACCGGACGUACAGGGAUAACAUCAUGUUUAGGGAAAGGUACAAUAUCAAACAACAGGAGCUGUUCAACGUGCUGGGUGCCUACAGUGUUUACAACCUUGAGAUCGGCUACUGUCAAGGCAUGAGUCAGAUCGCCGCGCUGUUGCUCAUGUACCUGAAUGAAGAAGACGCUUUCUGGGCCCUCUCCAUCCUUGUUAGUGAUAGAAAGUUCAAUAUGCAUGGAUUCUUCAUUCCCGGGUUCCCCAAGCUACUGAGGUAUCAGGAGCAUCAUGAUAAGAUCAUGAACAAGUUCCUCCCCAAACUGAAGAAACAUCUAGACAAGAAUGGAGUAGACACGGGCAUCUACACCCUCAAGUGGUUCUUUCAGUGUUUCCUAGACAGGAUACCAUUCAAGCUGACGCUGAGGGUGUGGGACGUGUAUCUACUGGAGGGGGAACGUGUGUUGACGGCCAUGGCUUACAACAUACUCAAGAUGCACCGACGUAACCUCAGCAAGCGAGGCAUGGACGAUAUACUGCAGUACCUGCAGGUAGGCAUGUACCAGGUUCACCUAGAGCAGAGUUAUGAGUUUGAGGAAGACGUCACAAUGGAGAGUCUACAGAAGUGUAUGGAUGAGCUGAGGAAAGCCAAGCUUGACUAUGCAGGGGCUCCUCCCUCCAACGAGCUACCCAAGCGGCCGUUCGGACUGUUCAAGGAGCCGGCCUUUGAACAGAAGGUGGGCCGGCGUACCAGUGAGUUUUCAACUGCCGAGCGGACGACGCAAGAGAAUGUGAUGAUGAGGCGGGAUCUAGCAGUGGCUGCGGCCUUAGCCAGUCCCCCCACCACACACGGCGGCCAUGCCAACGGACACGCGACACACGCCUCGCAACGACUGUCUAGUGGCGGAGACGUCACCACUCUCCCUGAGGGUGUUACAGGCAGUAAGUUUUCAUUGGAGCCGAGUCUAGACGAUGCGUCCUCCUUGCUUGGCGAAGGCUCACGCCGCUCACUUGCAGAGACGAGCGUCACAUCCACAGCAGACUUAAGCGUGUUCUCAUCCGCCACUCGGUCUCAAGCCCAAGACACUCACAGUCUGGGCGGGGGCGACACGGGUGACGAGAGUGGGGGUCCAGAGACGCCCCGUGCUAGUCCUGACGUCGUCCGCAUCUACGUUCCGUACCACUCCCCUUCUACCUCCCCUCAGAACGGAGAUGUCCCUCAUGCAGACAGGAACAAGAUUAGGAUAGUGGUCAUGGACCCCCCUUCUCCCCACGAGGACACGGCCACUCCUCUUGCAGAGCUCGGCCCCCCUUUGCGACCGUUCCACCUCGACCAACCAACUGUCGACCUCAAGUGACCCCAUUCACACAUGUACGUAGUUUCCCAAUUUUCGUUUUUACUCCGCUAAUUGUAACCAAAAAUGUUUUAUGUGUCAAUAGAUAAACUUUAAAAUUAGAAGGCUUUAACUAUUGUUCAAACUAGACAUUUAAUUACCGUGUUAAAUUUGGUCGCAGUUAAGUUGAGCUACCUACAGAGUAAACUGAUUUAAAUUCUUUAUUUCCAUUGAAUACUUAAAGAUUUAAUAAAGCCAAACUGAAAAGAAAACUAUGGCUAACAACAGCAUCUCUUAUAUAUACAAUGUAGAAGCCUAUCCAUGAAGAAUAGCAUCUCUUUCAUCAUACCAACUAUUGCAGUAACAAUAAUAAUGUGGUGAAAAUAAGGAUUUUAGACAGCAGCGCACUCUGUGAAUGAGUAAGUCAUUCAUCAAAGUUCUUUUUAAUAAAAAAAUGGCUACUACAGCUGGUCCAUGCAGGUGGGAUGUCUACUUCAGGAUCAAUGUCAACGCCUUUAUAUAUUGAAUUUCUCAGUCUUGGCAGUACAAAUGUUUAAGAUCAACUGAUGCAAACUAAAAUUAUCAAACAUAAUUUGGCAAAAUGUUUUUUUGAACAGAUUAUUAUUGAUAUUUCAGUUUUAAAAUCUUCAAGUUGAAUACAACUACAGUAGAACCUCGCUAAUUUGAAUCCCAGAGGAAAGACAAUAUAUUUUGAACUAUGCCAAGUUUGAAAUAUAGAGAGUUAGAUUUAUAGAAGUCAGAAUAAAUAAAAUUUAAAUUAAAGAGGUCCCAUUGUUAAGUGUAGAGAGUUUGAGAGAACGGAGACUAAUGAAGACAUUGUGGGAACAUCAAUAAGAGCGUCACUUCAUGUUUCAACAGGCGUAUUUUUGAUCCUGAAUUCAAAUUACAGAAGCUUACGGUAACACAGUUCGAAUUGUUGAGGUUGACUUUGAAUUUUGGAGGUAACAGUUUGAAUUACAGCAACAAAAUUUGAACUGUAGAGGCUCGAUUAUGUGAAAAUUGAAAUUGUAAAGGCUGCAUUAGCGUAAAAAUCAUUUUGAAUUAUCGUUUUAUUAUUUUUUGAAUUCUAGACGUUUUCUGAGUGGAAUAGACACAAAUUUCUAAUUAUAGAGGUUUUCGAAUUAUCGAGGUUCUACUAUAUUACUACUCUACGACUGAUUUCAAAAUUAAUAUUGUUUGGAAAGUUAUUUGAUGUUAGCUACUGUUUUUCUUAGUCUUUAAAUAGUGUGUAAUAUUUACAUGCUACAUUAAUUCUACGAUUUAUCCAGUAAAUUUGUUAAAAACUCUAUACUAUGUUUUUUUAAGCUUAAGUUUGUUACUCUAUUAAUUUAAGGAAUGUAAAUAAAACCUCAGUAGGCUCAGUGAAUAGUCCUAGAUUAGAAUACUCUAAAGGUGGCUUUUUCACCACAUACCUAUGCGUUAAUGUGUUCUCUCAUAUUGAAGUUUUUGCUAUUCAUGUUCUGUAUAUUGUAAGUAUGUAACUUGUUAAAAGUGUAAAUCCUUAAUUGUUAUAAUACAUCACAAAUUUGUAUCGAAUUCUACCCAAAUAUUUUAUGGUUGCUUGUAUUGAAAAACAAAACAAACUCAUUAUUUAUCAGCUCCAUAUUCAUAUACAUUGAGUAGGGUAUUUUGUUAAAGAGUGCUUAAAAACUUUCUUUUCUUUUAAUUUGAUUUGAUUACUUUUUACUUCUAUCUUUUUAGUGUUGGCUUUUUAGUAUUAUUCAACUAUCAGUAACUAAGUAUCAGUCAACGGAUUAUGGAUGCUUGUUGACAUUUGAAUAAACCGAUAUUACUAUUGUACAUGAGAAAUCGAUAUAUUUAUUGUAGGUAAUAAAUGUUACUCUUGUUGAAAAUCAAUAUCAAUCGAGUUGUAACAAUUGUGCUUCAUUUGCCUACGUCAUUUGUGUACAACAUGUUCUAACAGUGCAUUUAUUGACUAUGUAAAUGUGUUUAUUUUUGUAACUUAAGUGUGUUUCUGCUGUUUCUGCUUAAAGAUUUGUAUUUAUUUUUCUCUAAAUUUUCUAGGAACUUACAUUAUGAUGGAUCUAAGUAACUUAGUAAGUACUUCACUCACAUUCACUCCAAUCUUUAGUUUAAUUUCCUAUUCUCACUCUCUAUUGUCUUGGAAGAGUUACAGCUAUUGUAUAUUUAUGGAGACUCAAUUGUGUCUAUAAAAAUAUAUUGUUAAGUUUUAUAUUAAAAAAUUAAUUCAAACUGAAAGUUGUACAAAGAAGUUUAAAAUUUAAAAUGGUUUUUAGUAUGAUUGAUAUGCUGUACGUCUCAUGAUGGAGAUUUUAGUGUCAAAGAUAGAGUAAAAAUGUUUUAAUUUUGAAUUGUCCUUUGUAUAUUUGUAAAUUUGUAUAUUUAAAUGUCCUUAACCUUUCAAUACAAAGUACUCAGAAAUGUGAAGGAUGAUAAAGUAUUUGAUAUUUCAGUGUUAUAUCUUUGAUUAGCUAUAAAAAGUGGUGUAUUUUGGAAUGGUCAUAGUUUAACAUUUAUAAGAAAUACUUAAUCUAGUAAUACAAUUGUCUAUUAACUGCAAACACGUUACCUAACGUUUUAAUUAAAUCAAUUUUAUUUUUACUCCACCAUUUCUAUUGAUGUUAUAUUUGACUUAUUUAAAAUCUCUGUCAGAUCCCUCUGUACAACUGUUUCUUACUCUAUGUUUAUUUAUCGACCUUAAAUGCUCACAUUCUAUUAAGUAACUUGUAUUUUUAUUACCAUUCCUUUACACUCUGCACAUUCCUUAUGUUAUUGGUGUCUCUAUUGAUUUGACUUGAUUUUAUUGUCAUUUUAGCUAGAAUACAUUUUUGUCAGUAUAACAAACAUGUUUAAUACAAACUAAGGAUUUGACAUUGCCUUUCAUUUGGUGCUUUGCUUCAUAUUUUGUUUUUAUAUGUUAUUAGAACCAAUUCUUUUAGUCAACUGAAUUUUGUACUAUUUUGUAAAACAUAGAUUAUGAUCUUUUUUAUUCAAACUAUUUUACAAGAAAAAGAUUCUUCAGUAGAGUAUUGAGAAUUGGAAAAAACAAUCACACAUUAGGAAUAACACAAAAAUAUAUAUCCUUGGGUUUCUGUUUUUGACUCUUUAUGAUACAGAGGACUUAAUAACUAUGAACUGAUUAAGUUAACAUUACCAAGCAUUUGGCCCUUUUGUAACAUAGGCCUACAGCAAGAUUAAACUCUGAAGGUUUAGUGUUUGAGUUAGUUUCUUAUAAAGCUAGGGUGUCAUAAAUUAUGGAAAUUAAAAAAAGAAGAAUCUUAGUAAAAAAUUGAUACCAGUGUAUUGUUUUUACCGAUUGAUGAAAUAAAUGAAAACGGUAUUUUACUACCAGUAUGAUUGUGUUUAAGUACCUUUUAGAAUGUAAACUUUAAACAUUUUAUAUAAUUUUUCAAUCCAAAACGACUUUAGCUUGAGCCUACUCUAUUAUUUAAUAUGAACAUAAUAUUAAUACACCCAAAUAUAAAAUAAUACUAAUAUAAACUAAGGCUAAAAGGUAUAUGUAAAACAUAUUUUUUGAAGUCUAUAAUUUUAUGCUCACUGGAUAUGUCUGAUUGUAAGGGUAGUAACUUCUCUUUACUAUAACUUACCCCAUAACUGUUUUGAAACAUGUUGUUUUGUGAAGUACUAAAAUUAAUUUGUAAUUAAUAUGUUUUACACGAGUAAAUAAUGUGAUAGUUAGUUUUUUUUUUUUGUGAAAGAUAUUUAUUAUAUAAUUUUUGGAUUGUUUAUCAUAUUUUCAAAUUAUUAUAGUCUUAAAGACACUUUUAUUUUUAAAUGCUAAGGAGGAUGCUAAGGAGUUUCAACUGGAAGGGAAUAAAAUUUGCAACUUCCAAGAGACCAAACAACUAAAAUCUUGACUAAAACAUUUAGUAAGAUAUUAAAUAAUAUUGUAAGGUUGUAUAUUAAAACAAAUUGAAUACCCUUAAAUAAUAUAUAUGUAUAUAUAAAUUAAAUAUUCUAAAAUUAAAAUCAAAACAAUAAUAAUAGUUUUAACCAAGAGAUUACAAGCUACUACCAUGGCCCUAUUAAGUAAUUGACUCCCAAACAUUUAGUUUUUUAUCCAAACAUUGCAUGUGCACAAAACAUUUUUCUCCUUUUGGUAACUUCAGUUAUUAUAAAAUUACCAAAACAUCAAAAUUAUUGUUAAUAUAGUUUAUGAUUUGUCUCAAUGCAGAAAGAAGCAAUGUCAUGGUUGGAUAAUUGACACUCUAUUGUAUUUCAAAAGUUUUCCCUAGCUAUCCUAGCAGGAACUAUCUGUCGAAUAACCUCUUGCUUCCUGGAUAUAAGUCUUAAAUAGCUAUCGCCAAAACCAUGAAAUUAAAAUACUUGGCUUUCAUACACGAAGCUAAUAUUAUUAAUUUAGAGUAUUACAAAUUGAAAAGUUUCUAAAAUUUGGAACAACUUUAUUAGUUUUUCCCUGUCUUUGCUCCAAAAAAACCAUCUUUUCAGCAACAUUCCUAAAUGUAUUUAUUUGUUGGUUUCACAUAGCUUAGCUUUGCAAGUGUUGUCUGAUUUUGUAACAAUAAAUAAUUUUACAAAUAUAGGUAAUUUCAAAUAAAUAGUUUGUACCUGCUUGUAUGUUCAUCACUGUUUCUAGUCUUUAAUUGUAUUAGUUGUUGUCCUUUAUUUUGUGUGCUGAAGUAAAUUAAGUGUGAUAGUAAAAUGGUUCCAAAGUUUGGGUGGAUUUAUAAGUGGAAAUGGAAAAUAUUUCAAAUGGUAUUAUUGGUAUGAGUUAUUUUGGUACAGUUUUGCUCUAGGUACAGAAAUAAAUUCACCUCUCUCUUGAAUUGCUUUUAAUUAAGUAAAAUGUGAUAUUUGUAAUCAUAAACAGUGUGUCUUUAAUAAAUGAAGAAUUUGCGUUUCAUCUUUUGUCAUAUUUACCUAAGAAUGUAUUUAGGUUGAAUAUCAAAAGGGCGUUAGUUGUAAAGCAAUUUGUAUGGUGUUAAAGUUUAUUUAUUACGAUUUUGUAUUUUUUUGUCUGAGGCAAGGUAAGUAAGUACUUAGAUUACGUAUGAAAGAGAUUUGUAAUAAACAUUUAAUAAAACUAGUUCUCUUAAAAUUACUUAAAUUGUAAAAUUACUUUACAUACUCGAUGAAAAGUUUAAAAUACAACACACAAUUUGCGUAAUUUGGGUAGCCUAAGUAAUUUAGCAUACAAUGUGAACAGAAUCAAACAAAUUUUAAAUAUCCAUAAUUGGAGUUUAACAGUCAUUAUAAGUAUUAAACUACUUGCUUGCUAUUAAUUACUAACCACUACUCGCAUAUCUGUUAUAAACCCAAAUACAAUAAAUUUCAUUACCUUAUACCCUACCUUAUAAAACUAUUUAUUAGAUUGGAUGAAUUUUCAAUGUAUUUUAAAGAGUGUUUACUAGAAACUGCAGCAUGUUAUAGUAUGUAAAUAGCAAAUAAAAUAAACAACAGACAUUUCCAUAAACGUAAAUAUAUCUACUCAUUUCAUGAAUGGAAACAUGGGCAUCUAUAACAUCAUAUAUCCGUAACCCUUCCUCUAUGGAGAACUUGUCAGUGGAUCCUAAUCUGUGUGAAACAUUUUUAGACAAACUUUAAACAGUUAUUAUUAGUUUAAUGUACAUUUAAUAGUAUUGCAUUCUGUAAAUAGCUUAUAUAUUCAACAUGGUCAUGUUAAUACCUAGAUUAUAAUGUGUUGAAUAAUAAAUAUAUUGUACAAUAUGUAGCCAGCAAGUUUCUCAGAUACUGUAUAAUUUUUUAUAACAUUGUGUGUUUAACAAAUAAUUUAUAUUUUAUAAAAAAGAAUUCUCGGGUUCUGGCAUGCAAUAAGGUAUGUUGUGUCUUAGCCUUUAGUCUAUAUAUUUUCUUUGUAAACUGUUCUAAAUGUUCAAAGAUCAUAUUGAGUAGAAUGUUGAGCGAAUAAAAGAUUUUUUUCU